AUGGACCCCCUCUUCCACAAACCAAAAAUCAACCCGCUGGGCAUGCUGGGCAGCGAGGCGCGCGGCCUCUGCUGCGCGCCCAAGUCCGAGGUUUUUGAUCGUCUUGUUGCGUUCGUGUCGACGAUCAACGUCAUGAGCGGCCUGGUCCUCUCGGCGAUCGCGUCGCUCGCGACGGCGCCGCUCGUCGUCGAAGCGCUGCCCUCGAACAAGCGGUUCCUGGGCAGCCUCUUCAACGUGCUCGCCUUCGUGUCCGUCGCGACGCAGAUCUGCGUCGUCAUGUUUUCCACGUACAUGCUCUUCCUCGUGUACUGCCACGGGCACAGCCCGUCGGCGAUCUACCGCGCGCUCGUCCACUCGCAGACCCUCAUCGGCGCCUGCAUGCUCGGCGUCUACUUCCCGCUCCUGCUCUGGCUCGGCAUGAUCGUGAUCGCGUCCCAAAUCUACUUCGCGUUCUGGCCCAAGUGGCUCUGCACGUUCGCCGUGCCCCUCGUCUACGCGGCGUUCCAUUUCCUCUUCACCUACAGCUACGCGCGCGCGUUCCCGCGCGCGAUGUGGGGCUGGCACGCCGUCACGGCGCCCUGGCUCUUCUGGAGCGGCCGCGUCCGCGCCGACGUCGAGCGCAACGACGCGGCGCUCCGCGCGGCGGCGGAGCAGGGCGCGCUCGCGGGCAAGGACGACGACCACGACGGCGUCGUCGACGCGCCGCGCGCGCGGACGCCCGAGGAAGCGCAGCUCGACGCGUUCGUGCGCCGCGCGCUGCCGGAGCGCGAGGCGAUGGAGGCCGAGGACGCGCGCCGCGCCGCGCUCGUGCGCGCGCUCGCCGUCGAGGGGCUCGUCGUGCCGCGCCUCGCGGACGCGGCGCGCCAGCCCGGCGGCUUCGCCGUCGUCAUGGGCCUCCUCGACUUCUCCCAGGCGGGGAGCGGCAUCGAGCUCUCCCGCGGCGAGCGCCUCGCCCUGGCGACCGCCCUCAUGAAGGAGGCGACGCCCGUCGACGCGUAUAGGUCCCUGCUGCCCAUGCUGACGGUCUGGAGCUGCUGCAUGGCCUACUUCUUCGGGUUCUUCGGCAUCUCCUUCGUGGACAAGGACGAGGACCUCUUCGCGGGCGUCGACGACGCGUUCGAGGUGCUCGACCUCACGGUGCGGCGCGAGGCGCGGGCCGACGAGGCCGGGGCCGACGCCCCCCGGGAGUUCUCCCCCGGCGGGGGCGCCCUGCCGACGCUCCGCGAGGAGACCGACGCGCGCGGCGGCGCCGCGGCGUCGGCGACGACGCCGCGCGCGCUCUCGGCGGCCGCGGCCGCGCGGGCCGCCGAGGAGAGGAGCCCCAACGAGCGGGCCGAGGACGCGGACGGCCUGCGGGGCGUGCGCGGCGAGGACCGGGUGCGCUGCGCCGCGGCGCUGGCCCGCGCCGGGGGCGACGCGGCGGCGCUCGAGGUCAAGAUCCCCGUGCGACUCGCGGGGCCGGUCCGCGUCGACGGCCGCGAGACGCUCGCGCCGCUCGCGGGCGCGGACGAUCGGCUCCGGGAGCGCGUCGACGCCGGCGCGCGGGCGCUGCGCCUGAGCGGCGGCGCGACGUCCCGCGCGGACGCGGGGGAGGCGGCGGAACCGACGUACGGCUGCGCGUCGGUCUGCGUCGUCUGCCCGACGCUCGCGGGCGCGGACGCCGCGGCCGCGCUCGCGCGGGGCAAGGCGUUGCGCAACGCGCAGCGGCCCCGGGCGGUGAUCCGCGACGCGCAGGCCCUGGGGCGCUGCUGCUACGUGACGCUAUCUCUUCUUCUACCGUCGGACGACGCGGAAGCCAAGGCGCUCGCUUUGGGCGUCGGCGCGGCGGUCUGCGAGGCCGCGCGCGGCGCCUACGUCGGCCCGGCCGUCGCCGCGCCGGAGCCGCGGGCGCCGGCGACGAUUUCCGUCACGGCGGAGGCGACGGUGCCGGGGCCCGUGCUCCUCAAGGUGCUCGGCUGCUCCGUCCACGACCUCUGCGCGGCCUUCGCGCGGCGCGAGCUCGCCGCGCGGCACCACCUCGCGCGCGCGGGGCCCCGCGCCGGCGACGCGCUCGCGCCCUGGGCCUCCUGCCACGCCGACGACGCGCGGCGACUCGUCCGCGCGAUCGACGGCGCCGCGCGCGGCGGCGGCGGCGGCGGCGGCGCGCCCGCGGUCCGCGCGGCCGUCGAGGCCGUGAACCGCGGGCGCGACGUCCACGUCGCCGCGACGCUCGACGGCCUCGCCGUGGACGCGGACGGCGCGUCGCCGCUCGCGGGCCUGCUCCGCGGCGACGGCCUCGCGCCGGGCGCCGUCGCCGCCGCCGCCGUGGGCCCCGCCGCGGAGGCGCCGCGGCCCAGGGGCCGGUUCCGCAGCGCGACGAGCGGGCUCAUGAGCAAGCUGUGGAUGCGGCGCCGGAGCAAGAAGACGAGCAAGGUCGUCCCGACGAUGAAGACCCUCGUCGUGGCGCCCGCGGGGACGCCGACGCGGUCCAUCAGCACGGAGACCUGCGGCACGCCGACCUCGCCCUUCGACGGGCAGCCCUUCCGCCUCGGCUACCUCUGCGCCGAGCCGCUCGUCUACCGGAAGCCCGACGGGUCCUUCGGCGCGCUGCCCCCGGUGCAGAGCCGGCGCGACGGCGAGGUGUCGCUGCUCAAAGCCGUGCUCGCGCGGAGCGAGACGGCCGUGCGCUUCCGCAGCGCCGUCGCCACGGUGACGGAGCUGCGGUCCCUGCUGACCGUGGGCUGCGACGCGCUGCACUUCAGCGGCCACGGGCUGCCCCGGUCGCUGAGUUUCGAAUUAGAGGGCCGCGCGGAGCUGACCAUGGUGGGCCACGACCGCCUGGAGGCCCUGUUCGCCGCCGGCGGGCACCGCGCGCGCCUCGUCUUCGCGGCCGCGUGCAAGUCGGAGUUCGCGGGCCGCGCGUUCGCGCGCCACGUGCCGCACGUGAUCUGCGUCCGCGUCGACGCGCGCCUCGGCGACCGCGCGGCGCGCGACAUGGCCGAGCAGUUCUACGCGGCGAUCCUCCGGGGGCGGACCGUGCGCGAGGCGUUCGACAUCGGCGUGGCCGCGGUCGGCGCCGCGGGCGCCGCGUACCUGCUGCUCCCGGAGGACGGCGACCACGACGUGCCCUUGGUGCGCGGCGACGACGCGUCGCUCGUCGCCGGCGACGUCGCCCUGGCGACGGCGCGGCCGGGCGCGCUCCGGGACGAGUCGCGGCCCGCCGCGGCGUCGAGCUGCCCCGCGCCGCCCGCGCCGCUCUUCGGGCGCGCGGCGGCCGUCGCCGAGGUCGUGCGGCUCGCGGGCUACGAGGGGCGGCGCUGCGUGACCGUCGCCGGGGCGAGGGGCUCGGGCAAGGCCGCCGUCGCGCGCGCGGCGGCCCAGUUCCUCGCGGACCGCCGCCACUUCGCCGCCGUCGCGCACGUCGACGACCUGCCCAAGGCGCCGCUGUCGGCCUUCCUCUCCUAUGUCGUCGACGAGACGCGCCAGCCCUACCCGCGCGUCGUCGAGCGCUUCCUCGAGGCGGCGGCGGCGGCGCGGCGCGCGUGCGAGGGGCGCGGCGGCGGGUCGCGGCGGCCGUCGGCGGACGACGAGCUCACGCCGGACAGCUGCGCGCGCGCCUUCGCGGAUCUGGCGGCCCUCGCGGGCGGGAGCGUGCUCGUCGUCGUCCGCGGCGCGUCGCCGGAGAUCCGGGGCCUCGUGCGCAUGAUUUCGCAUUUGCUGGAGAACGUGCCCGGGCUGUCGGUGCUCUGCUCGGGCGAGGCGCUCCACGGCGGCGCGGAGCGCGUCGAGAACGCGCCCGAGAAGGUCUACGACCUGCCGCCGCUCCCGCGCCACGACAUGGCCCGGCUCCUGGACGACCUCGCGCCGCGGCGCAUCCCCGACGCGGAGCUCCUGGGCCUCGAGCCCCACGACGACGCCCCGCGCGUCGCGACGGUGACGCCGACGACGCGGAAGCUGCUGGCGCCCAUCGCGCGCGGGCCGGACCCGGCCGACGACCGCGCGCGGGCGCUCGACGCCUUCGCCGCGCACGGCGCGCUCCUGGCGCUCGAGGGCAACGCCAAGGCCGCGGUGGCCUUCGCGCCGAAGCUGUCCCGCGACCUCCGCGAUCCCGCGCUGCCGGGCGAGGCCGCGCGGUGCCUCCGCGACUCCGACGCGUCGCCGGGCAGCGCGCCGUCGUUCUGGGCGGAGCGCGGAUUUUAA